CCUCCUCAGAUCCAGGGGCCGGUCCACCCCCCUCCGCCUGAAAUCAACCCCCCCGUCGCCCUAUCCGCGGCACGGCCACGCUCGCUUGCCUGCCUGCUUCCCCCCAAUCCCUCUCUUCCUCUCCUCGCAGAGGGAAGAAGAAGAAGAAGCCCGAUUGGUCACCCCUCUCCCCGAAUGGGAGGUCGGUCGAUCCCGCGCCAAUAAGCAGCACCUCGGCGGGUGGGUGGGUGACCGGGGGGAUUGCUUCGCUCGCCCCGCUCCUUCCUUCGAUCCAGCCGAUCGAUCCCAGUCGAAUCCAAUCCAAUCCAAUAAUUUACUCUACUUCUCCUCGCCGGCCGCCGGCCGCCGUCUUCGCUUCGCUUGGACCUCCCACCCGGUUGGUUGGAUUUUAGAAAGUUUCUCCCGUUCUAUCCAUCCUUCUGGUGAGUACCUUACCAUUCGGUUACUUGUCUCCUCCCCCUUCGGUGUCCCGUUCUCUGUUUCUCUGCCCCGUCUUACGAUGGUUGUUUCUCCUGGCAGUUUCGAUUUGGGAUCUUUAGUUCAUCGGCUGCCCGGCGGUUUCUCCAGCCCCAUUUGAUUUCACUUAGGUCCAUUCAGUACUCAGCAUAUCCGUUUGCCUUCGAUCGAGCAAGAAUAUAUACGCAGCCGGCUCGUGCCAGACAUGGAGCACGCGAUGCCGACGAUGGCCGCAGAGUCCGAGGGCGCGACCACCGACGACGACGUGCACCUUUCCCCGACCAGUGUCAGCAGCGGUGGCGGAGGAGGAGGAGGAGGCCCCCCCAGCGUCCGCUUCAAGAUACUCUGCAGCUUCGGCGGCCGCAUCAUGCCCCGCCCGUCCGACGGCGCGCUCAAGUACAUUGGCGGCGACACCCGCGUCCUCGCCGUGCCCCGCUCCAUCCGCUUCCGCGAUUUGAAGAAGAAGGUGGAGGAGAUGUUCAAGACGGAUGUGGCAGCCAUCAAGUACCAGCUCCUCUCCUCCGACGAUCUCGAUGUGCUCGUGUCCGUCACCUGCGACGAGGACCUGGCCCACAUGCUCGACGAGUACGACCGGUUCGAGGCGAAGCGGUCGCCGUCCGCGUCGCCCCGUUUCCGCGUCUACGUCUUCGUGCCGCAUCAAGUCUCCGCCUCGUCGGUCGCCGCCGCCGUCCCCGCCCCCGUCUCCUCUUCGCGCCACGUCAGCUACGCCCGCAACCAGCCGCACUACCAUCAUCACCACCACCUCCUCCAGCCGGAGCGGGAGCGCUACGUGACCUCGGUGCCCGGCACGCCUGACGGAAGCCCGCCGUACCCGGACCAGCCCAACGGCGUCGCCUCGGCGGGGAACUCCCCGCGCGCCAACAUCGUAGAGCAGGCCGUGUUCCGCGGCGGGAUGCAGCGCGUCCGGAGCUCGCCCAACCUCGGCGGCCUGAACGCGGCACCGCUGCCCUUCCAUGACCACGCUGGGGACAGCCCCGGAGGCCUGGCUGGAUACAUGAGCGGCUCGCCGGUGCACCCGGGCGCCGGCCACAUGUUCUCGCAGGCUAGCUACAACCCCUACCGCAGCCCACAGCCGCAGUACUCUCCAGCGCCCGUGCCCGUGCCGCACCACGCCGGCGUGGCCGGGAGGUACGACACGCGUGGCGGUUACGCGCGGGGCGGCAGCUACAUGGCGGCGCCGCUGGCGCCAGCGCUCCGGUCUGGUCGGCCGGUCACCAGGAGCGGCGGGGCGCCGUACAGCGAGAUGCAGACGCCGAAGAAGGCGGCGACGAUAUGGGACUGAGGUGGUUCUGCAGCGGUUCGGUUCAGGGCCUUGGAGUUGGAGGCAGUAACUUGCAACUUGCUUGAGAUGUAAAUACAUGGAUACUUCCAUGCGGCCUUGUUAGCAGGCUGUUUUGUCGUUGAAAUGUUAUCCAGGCUGAGAAUUAACAAGUUUUCUUCACAUAUCA